UCGGUGCACGUAGAAGAUUUUUUAGGAUAAUCGAUCCUUUCCACCGCCACCCUGAAGUUCAUCGUUAUUAUCCUGGCCGCCGGGAUGGUGGCCUUCAUCGGGGCAGUUAUCUGCAUCAUCGCAGCGGUUCACACCGGAUCCUCCAAGGCUGCCGCGGCACAACAGCAACCAGCAACCGACAACCACUCGCUGUAUCCGGACGCGGUGGCGCAAACACCCGCGGUCGGCGGCUCCGUGGCCAGGGCCGGGUCUCUGGGAGCUCUCCAUGGUUCUGAAACACCAGAUUUAGCGUCAAAAUUUAACAUCGGACUCGGUGGACUGGACGGGGUCACGGGACUCACCGGACACGAUCCCACGGUCAGCAGGCUCAUCUGCACGCCGAUACCCGCCGGGGAAUGCAACCCUAAAAACUUUCGACAACAAUCUGACGACCAAUCGCUGUACGCCGGGGAGGACUGGGGUUAUCUCCGCACCACGGCAGAGGAGCUCCGACAGACUGUUCUGCAACAGAAAGACCAGAUUUUAAGCGAUCAGCGAACCAUCAGAGAGCUGACAGGGAAACUGUCCGAGAGUGAGGAGGGGCUCGCUUCGGGGCUGUGGGGUGGUCACGGCACGGCUGAGGAGACGCACCUGGAGCGGAUGAUGGUGCGGGACAGCCCGGCGUCGGCGCCCGACAGUGGCCACUACCUAACCGCCAGGGCUGUGGAUGAACUGGAGCAGGCUAUCACUCAGCUCAAAGACCGCAUAGAAAAACUGGAGUCAGACAUUGGCCCGUUUCCCCACAACCAGACAAAGGGAAGCACCACAUCACUACUGGGGGAGAGUGGGAUUUCUGACAGCCCAGAAAGGCUGGCUGACCACGGUCACAAAAGUGGCGCUGACAACCCCUGGAGAAUGGAAGACUUAGAGGGGGAGUUGGAGAGGAAGUUAGAGCUGCUGGAGAAGGAGAGAAAAGCCCUCAGGCUGGAAACGGAGAAGCACAAAGAGAAAAUCGACCAUGGCAUCAGUAAACUGCAGAAUCGGAUCUCAGGACUGGAGAACGGCAUGUCUCAGCAUUUGUUCCCAGAAGGCUACAGGCUCUCCUUCCCCACAAGAACAAACUACAUGUACGCUGUUAUGAAACACUCUGUCCCAAAGCUGCGGGCUUUCACCGUCUGUCUGUGGCUGCGGUCCACAGACGUUGGCAUCGGGACGCCACUGUCCUACGCUGUUCCUGAGCAGGCCAAUGAAGUGGUGCUGAUGCAAGGCAUGCACACACCUGCUGAGCUGCUCGUUAACGACAAGGUGGCACAAUUACCUCUGAAUCUGUCCAGAGGGAGCUGGCAGCACAUCUGUGUGAGCUGGAACCAUAAGGGAGGAGCAUGGCAGGCCUAUCAGGGUGGGAAGCUGAGGGGCGAGGGCCAUGCUUUAGCAACUGGACACCACGUCAGACCUGGAGGAGUGCUCGUGCUUGGACAGGAACAGGAUUCCCUAGGUGGGGGCUUUGACUCAUCCCAAGCCAUGGUGGGAGAGUUGUCUCAGGUGGGACUUUGGGACCGGGUCCUGUCCUCUAACCAGGUGGCCAGUCUGUCUCGCUGCAGUAAAAUCACCCAAGGCUCCGUUUUCACCUGGACAGAGAAUGGAGUCGGUGUUUUUGGAGGAGCCACCAAGGAACCGGGGGAGCCAUGUAGUAAACACAGCAGGAGUUCACAGUGACAGGGAGAGGAGGUGAAAAAAGGGCAUGGAUGUGUUGCUGUCAAAUGUAUUCUUUAAAAUUGAGGAUCAAACUGAUGAGUGGAAGAAAAUGUUGGCAGAUUAAGGCUAGUUUGAAUUAGGUCGUCAUUGGUGAGAAAACAACUACAGCCAAGCCAGACUGAGCACAAGAUAUAUGAAAUAUUAUAUAUAUAUAUUUAUAUACA